GCUCCCUUUGCCCCCAGUGCUGAGUGGGGCAAGGCCGGUUCCGUGGUGCUGCGGGCCGGAGGAGCGCGUCGGGGGGCUUCGCUGUACCGGUUCCUGGUCGAAACACACCAGCUCCAGAGCCGGCGCUGGUGGCACCGCGUGUCCCCAGCUGCUGCGGUGGGCCCCGACCGCACUCGAGCUAUCCCUCGUAGCCCGGCAGGUUACCGACGGCCCUGCAGGGUCCAUCGCAGGCGGGGUGCUUAGGGUGUCUUUGCGUCAGGUCAUGCCUUGAUGCCUUUUUCAAGGGCGCAGCUGCCAAAUAAAUAACUAGAUCCAUUUUUAAAAGUUAUAUAUGCAGGAGAUACCGGUACAAGAAGUUCUGGAUUGCAUACCUUAGCUUUUUCUGGUCUCAGUGAUGCACAGUGCUAACGGUAGGGUAGGACCAGGGCAUGUCUUUGCAUGGGACACUAAGCAGUAAGUUGAGUUUUGGUGCAGGUUGCCAUUGGAAUUACUUCAUGGUAAGGGAAACCUCUGCAUGAGCUUGUAAAAACUUCCUGGUAGUUUUGCAUACACAUAAAUAUAGCUCCUGGAAUGGUGAGUUUCUGCUGUUUGCGGGUGCCUGUUAUCUUUGUCUCUGUUCUUAUAUGACAUGUCGCUUGUUCACUGACUGGCCACUGGCACAGGCAGAGAAACAGCCACAGACCUCCCAGCAGGGCAGAAGAAGUGUGACAGAUGUGAGAAGCAUCUGUGCACCUGCAGCAGCAGCAAGAGCAUCUGCCAACGUUAAGGCCUGGGACGUGAGCAGAAGUGCACACAAGGAAAAAGGAGAGAGGUUUUUUUUCCUGCCAAAGCAUACAGAAAACAUUGGAUAAUAAUUUACAAAACACAAGUGCAAGGGAAAAGUAGAUGGAUGUUGUGGUCUUAGUUUCCUGCUUGGACUUAGGAACCUUGAGUGAAGUCCUUUCACUGAUGAGCUUGCUAACUUUAAAUUAAAUGGAGCUGCAAUUUCAAAGUGGUUCUGAAGCAUGAAGUGAAGGUGACCAGUUUGUGCUGCUCUCAUUCAAACAGCAAUCUCAGGAGGAUGAUUUUUGUAAUUAAUCAUAGAAUUCCACACUGGUUUGAGUUGGAAGAGACUCUAAAGCUCAUCCAAUUCCAAACCCCUGCCACAGGCAGGGACACCUUCCACUGGAGCAGCUUGCUCCAAGACCCUGUGUCCAGCCUGGCCUUGAACGGUGCCAGGAAUGGGGCAGCCACAGCUUCUCUGGGCAUCCUGUGCCAGUGCCUCAACGCCUGAAGACUGGGCAAGAAAACCUGAAUUUAGUUGCCUUUUAAACAGAAACCUAAGAUGAAUCAUUUGGGUUUGUUGGUUUUGGGUUGUUUUUUCUUUCUCUGUCUGCAAUGAUUGUAAGACAUAUAUACUUAGAUGUCAUUUUCUUCUUAAAAGCCUGCUUUAUUUAUAUUAUUCACAGUGCUGCUGAAUUUCACAGCUGUCCUGCAGAACUGGGUUCCACAGACAUGCUGUUCAUCGCUCUGGAACAGCUCCGCUUUGAUGAGAAGGUUCGUGUGGUGGUGUUCAAGAGCGAGGUGAAAGGUGUCUUUUGUGCUGGUGCAGACUUAAAGGAACGUGCACAGAUGGAUGAUGCAGAAGUUGGGCACUUUGUCAAAAGGCUGAGGAAUCUCAUGGAUGAAAUAGCGGCCCUGCCUGUACCCACAAUUGCUGCAAUAGAUGGCUAUGCUCUGGGUGGUGGACUAGAACUGGCGUUAGCUUGUGACCUUCGAGUAGCAGCUUCAUCAGCUAAAAUGGGCCUUAUUGAGACCACAAGAGGGCUUCUUCCUGGAGCAGGUGGAACCCAGCGCCUGCCCAGAUGUGUUGGAAUAGGUCUUGCAAAGGAACUCAUUUUCACCGGUAGACAGAUUGAUGGACAACAAGCUGCCUCAAUUGGAUUAGUAAAUCACACUGUGCCACAAAACAACGAAGGAGAUGCAGCUUACCAGAGAGCAUUGACUUUGGCUAAAGAAAUCCUUCCACAGGCUCCAUUUGCUGUGAAAAUGGGAAAACUGGCAAUAAACAGAGGAAUGGAGGUUGACAUUGCAUCAGGGAUGGCUAUUGAGGGGAUGUGCUAUGCCCAGAACAUUCCCACAAGAGACCGGCAGGAGGGGAUGGCUGCCUUCAGGGAGAAACGAGCACCUCAGUUUAUUGGCAAAUAAUGCUUCCUAGUUUCCCCUUGGUCCUUUGAAAGUAAAGGAGGACUGAAGAAGACCCACUGAUUUCUUAGGAUUAUUUUUAUGACUGCGUUCUGUGUACUUAGUUCCUUGCCUUGGACUGCAUUUUUUAAUACUUCACUGGAUCAUUUUUCUGUAAGAAUUCCCAAAUAAAGCAUUAACUUUGUAUAACUGA